AUGUCCGCCUCCGCGUCGGACGCGUCCACCGCCGCCGCCAUGUCGCUUCGGCCAAUGAGAGGCCGCCACGUCGCCUUCCCCGCCGCCUCAGCCAACCACCGCCCGCCACCUCACCCGCGCCCCGCGCCCACUUCGCCCGCGGCCCGCCAAGCCCGCCGCCGGCCCGGUUCCCCGUGCUGCCCGCGCGCGUCCUCCGCCGCCGGCCGCCCUGCCGCGCCGCCGUCCCGUGCUCCGGCAGUCGCGCGCCGCCCGCGCCUCCCCGUCCCCGCCGCCAGCGCCUCCCGCUCGUGCCCCGGGCGCCCCGCGCCGCCGAAGCCCAUCGGGCUCGCCGGAGCACGCCGGACCGCGCCGCCCCGUGUCGUCCCGUCGUCGCCUUGCCGCCUCCGGUCGCCGCCCCGCCGCCCACCGUCGCCGGUGAGCAGCACCCUCGCCGGAGUCAACGCCGGCCAGAUCCGGUCCGGGUGGACCAGAUCUACCGGGAGACGAACCAAACAGGCGCCCCGAUCCCGGAUCUCCCCGUCCCGCUUCGCCCCGUCCAGUUUUCGGAGUGCUAUAAACUUUGCAACCUGA